AUGAGUAACGGAGAUGGCAGUGUUUAUGUAAGUGGUUUUUAUCGUAUUUUGAUUAUGUAGUACAUUUGUAGUACAUUAUUGAGCCUUUUUGAUUUCGUACUUGUUUUUACAGUAUUUUCCGUUUAUUAUCUUGUAUUUUCGAGUCUUCUUUUAUUUAUGUGUUAGUAUUCCUUUAAACCCUACCACCCUCGUCAAGGAAUCAGCGACGUAUUUUACAUUAUUGAACUGUGAUAGAAAAGGAUUAAAAAUUGUUUUUUAUACCUAUUUCAUUCCAGCUAAAAGGCUCCAUUGACUACAAAAUCGACCGCUUCAUCUCAAAUGGCCUUUCGCCUCGAACAAGUCCUGAAUUCGAGCUUCUACCCCAAGAACUUAGUGAUGAACCCAAUCCAAAGAUCUACUGUGAGUUGGUCGUCUACCCGAAUGGUGAUGCGCAAGUAAACAAGGGUAGUAUUGCUUGUUUCGUGCGAUUCCCCAAACUCCCACCUGAUUACAUUGUUGAGAUUGAUAUGGAAUUGAUCGCGAACAACUAUUCUACUGACAGAUUUAUGAUGUUUGAGUCGAAGAAUCAAAAGUCUUGGGGAACAGACAGUUUGGCGAGGAGAGACGAGGUGUUGGCCCAGAUGACGGGAGAUGAACUUACUGUUAAAUGUCUGGUUGAGGUUUUUGGAAAGACCAGUAAAGAUGAACAGCCUAAUUAG